AUGUUUUUAAAAAAAAAAACUUUUUUUAUUUUAAAUUUUAAUAAAUUUUCUAAACAAUAUUUUAAAUAUAAUAAAAAUAUAAUAUUUAAUAAUUUAAUUAAACAGUUAUAUAAUUUUUUAUUUUAUUUAUAUAUUUUAAAAGAUUUUAUUUUUUAUAAAUAUUUUUUCUUUAAAAAUAAAACUUAUUGGUAUUUAAUAAAUAUUUUUUUAUUUUUAUUAAAUUUAAAUUUUCUUAAAUUAUUAAAUAUUAAUAUAAAUAAUUCUUUUAAUACUAUUUCUAAGAUUAAAAAAAAUAUAUCUUUAUAUUAUAUAUAUAUAAUUAAAAUUUUAUUAAUAUUUAAUUAUAAUUUAUUUUUAUUAUUCUUUUAUAAAACAAAUAAAUAUAAUAAAAUUUUACAAAAAAUAAUAGAAAUAAAAAAAAUAUCUAAAACAAAACAAAAAGGACGUAUUAGAAGAUUUAAAGUUUUACUUUUAAUAGGAGCAAAAAACGCUUGAAUAGGUAUCGGAGUUUCUAAAGAUUUUUAUUUACAAGAAGCUAUAAAUAAAGCUCGUUUUUUUGCUUUUAAAAAAAUAUAUUUUUUUUAUAUUAUUUUAGAAAAAUUAUUUUAUUAUUCAAAUACUAUUAAUAAAAUUAAAUGUAUUAUUAUAUAUAAACCUAUAUUUUAUGGUAUACAAGUUUCAUUUUUAAUACAAAUUUUCCUAGAUUUAUUAGGAUAUAAUGUUUUAAUAAUUAAAAUAUUUAAACAUACUACGAAAUAUACUUUAAUUAAUUUUUUUAUAAAAUUAUUAAUAGAUUUAACUAAUUAA